AUGGAAGCUUUUUCAAGACAGUUAUAUCAUCUUGAAAACUCUAUACAAUUGACAGGAAUGAAAAUUUCAAGAUCUUCUCCCAAGUUAAAUCACCUUCUUUUUGCAGAUGAUUGCUUAUUGUUCUGCAAGGAUCUGGUUCAAACAAACAAGUUGCUUCAAGUUAUUGAAGACUUUAGUGCUUGUUCUGGCCAGCUUAUUAACUUCCACAGAUCAACUGUCUUCUUCAAUAAGAAUACAAGUACUUCAAGUGCUCAGAUUAUCAGUGGCAACCUACAAGAUAAAAUGGAAAAUAGGCUGUCCAGAUGGGUGUCUGUCAAUGUUUCUGAGAAAUUUUGGAGGAAUAAGAAAACAAACAAAGGAAAGCCUGCAAUUUCUUGGAAAAAGGUAAGUAAACCUAAAGAAGAAGGUGGUUUGGGAUUUAGAGAUCUCAAACUUUUUAACAGAUCUUUACUGGCUAAAUCUGCUUGGAAAUUAUGCACAGAUGAUACCUCUGUGUGUGCAUUGUCUCUUAAAGCUAAAUAUUUCCCAGAUGGGAAAGUUUUCAGCAUUAAAGAGAAUCCUAAUUAUACAUGGUCUUGGAAAAGUAUAAGCUAUGAGCUUAUGUUUAUCAAAAAAUACAGCUGCUGGAGUAUUGGGAAUGGACAUAAGAUAAUGAUAUGGAUCUAUAGAUGGAUCCCAGAUCUACCUGAUCCACCAACCCCCAAAGAUGGUGCAGUUAACUAUCAAAGUUAUACUUAUCUUCAUCAGUUGUUCACUGAUUCUGGAGGAUACUCUCUGAUUUUCUCUCUAUUUGAAGAUACACUAGCCAGGAUGGGAAUUAUGAUUGCCCAAUGUGUUCUCAAACCCUGGAGACAUCUUCACAUAGUAUCCUGCAUUGCAAUGUUUCAAGAGCAGUUUGGUUUGCAGUUCUUGGCAUUCAUAUUCAAGGAGAUGCUAAUUUGGUUACCUGGUGCACUAGCUGGUUUGAUAAACUAUCAGCUAAUCUAA